UGGUUGCCGUGGAGGUGAGGUGCGCUGUAAGGGUAGGCUCGGCGUCCUCACGUCAUACGGUUAGUCACGCCCCCGUGUUGUUGGAGUGGAGAGGAGGAUGGCGGACGUGUCUUUGGACGAGCUGAUCAGGAAGCGCGGCCUGGCAGGCGGCGGCGGGAUGUACAGUCGGCUGAACAAUCGCACUGGUACAGGGAGCAUGAGGUCACGACUCCAACCACCGGUUCCUGCUGCUCGUCCACCAGUCACCAGUUUCCAGAGGACGUUUGAUGCUCGACAGAAAAUCGGAGUGACCGAUGCCCGUCAGAGGUUGGGGGUGAAGGAUGCCCGAGAGAAGCUAGUGGCUACAGAUGCUCGCUUCCGCAUUAAAGGCAAAGUGCAGGAUGCCCGCGAGAUGCUGAACUCCAGGAAGCAUCAGGUAUCUGCUGGGGCUGACAAGACAGUUAAACUAAUGGAUGCUCGGGAGAAGCUCAGCCUAAAGAGGAGAGCGCCGGCUGUUGCUGUGAGUCCGGCUAUGGCGUCUGGGUCUUCAACCAUAAACCUCACCAAGACCAUCCAGAUACCCCAGCACAAGCCGCCCUCCACAGGGCUCAGCACCGUUGGUGGAAUGAGGAUAAAUGUGGUUAACCACCAGCCUUCCAAGCAGGCCCCAUCACAGCUAGAGGAGGAAGAGGAAGAUGAAGAAAUGGAGCUCUCUCCACUUUCCACAAAACAGAUGAGGAUCACAGCCUUAAACCGCUUACAAAAACGGCCAGGGGCAUCAGGAAACCCAUUCACCCUCACCCAGGCGUUGCCGUUUACUAAAGUGGUACAGAAUGACACAUACACAGGACCAGUGGCCCCUCAGCCAGCUCCUGCUGCCCCCUUGUUACGAGGCAACGUGACCCGGGCUCUGGUAACAAAGGAUGAGGCUGCACUGAUACAGCCGAUCCAGACAGAGCCGGUAUUUAGCCCACUGGAAGGCACCAAAAUGACAGUGAAUAAUUUGCAUCCAAGGGUGACUGAAGAGGACAUUGUGGAGCUGUUCUGCGUCUGUGGUGCCCUGAAACGUGCCCGUCUGCUGAGCCCGGGGGUGGCGGAAGUGGUGUUUGUAAGGAAGGAAGAUGCAGUUGGUGCCUACAAGAAAUACAACAACAGAUAUCUGGACGGUCAGCCAAUGAAAUGUAACCUUCAUCUGAAUGGGAACAUCAUCACGUCAGACCAACCUAUCCUGCUGCGACUCAGCGACACUCCAGCCACAGCCAAGAAAGAAGGAGAAACACGGAGGUCCGGCUCAUCUGCUGCUAACCCUGCCGCUGAAGUAGACCCAGACACCAUCCUCAAGGCGCUGUUCAAAUCAUCAGGGUCACCCGCUGUCAUUCAGUCAACCGCGUUCAAAAUAAAACUCUGAGCCUAGCCCAGGCUGGCAACUGGAAGAGGGAGCUAAACCUUUACUGUCCCCACAGACACUAGAGUGGUGUUCAGCGCGGUUCACCAGCAGAUCAAGGACAGUGGCUGAGGUGUGCAGGAGUCCUCAUCCCUCGCGUUUUUCCUUUUUGUUUUAUGUUGUUGCAAAGAACAUUUUGGUCGUCCUUCCUUCCAGGGACGUGUAACGUUCAUUCACUCAACCAGUUUGGAAUAAUAAUUGUUUCUACAAAAACAGUUUUUGUUGUUGUUGUUUAAUAUGGAAUAAAUAAUGACUUUAUGAGCUGUAAAUGCACAGCUCUGCCCCUUUCCAAAACGUUACUACUUUCCAGGACUGUACAUUUUAUCGCAGGUCUUUUAUAUUCUUUUUUAUUUUUCUGCCCAGAACCUUUGGUUAACGUCUUCCCUUUGGCCUCUCCAUGAAUAUUCUGCUCAUUAUGAGAAAGAGAACUUGUGUUUUUUUUUUUAUUAUUAUUAUUUAACGCAUCAAAUGUGUCACAAAUUAAAAAAAUGAUGGAGGAAGAGUUUGUAAUAUUCCAUUAGAAUGUACAGUAGACACAUGGUAAUAAAGCUGAAAGGGGGUCUGAUUGUACCCUGAGCAUAACCGAAUAUGUUACAUGACUUGGCGUAUAUGCGCGCCACGGAGCGUUUCCUUUACAUUCUGCAGAAGGAGUUGAUGCAUCUAGUUAUUAGCAGGUGCGGACAAGAGUGUAUAGAUGAGUGGUAGCAUAUGGCAGCAGGUAAGUAGAUUUAGCAUUAAUUGCCCACAUCAGUGGUACUGUGUAGCUAUGUUGGAAUAUACAUUAAACCUUGAGAUUGUAAUAUAAACAGUAUAAUUAUGCACAGUAAAAAAAACAAGCUUUGUAAUAGAAAUUCA